CCAGCUUACUGAGCCAGAAGAAGAAGCUAGAGGGCGACACAUCCCAGCUUCAGAAUGAAGUGGAGGAGGCUGUGCAGGAGUGCAGAAAUGCUGAGGAAAAGGCCAAGAAGGCCAUUACUGAUGCUGCCAUGAUGGCAGAGGAGCUGAAGAAGGAGCAGGACACCAGUGCUCACCUGGAGCGCAUGAAAAAGAACAUGGAGCAGACUAUCAAGGACCUGCAGCACCGCCUGGAUGAAGCUGAACAAAUCGCCAUGAAGGGUGGCAAGAAGCAGAUCCAGAAGCUGGAGGCCAGAGUGAGAGAGCUAGAGAGUGAAGUGGAAAUGGAGCAAAGGAGGAGCAGUGAUUCUGUGAAAGGAGUCCGUAAAUAUGAGAGACGCAUCAAGGAGCUCACAUACCAGACUGAGGAAGACCGUAAGAAUUUGAGCCGUCUGCAGGACCUGGUGGACAAACUGCAGCUGAAGGUCAAAUCCUACAAGAGAACUUCAGAGGAGGCCGAGGAACAAGCCAAUGCCAAUUUGGGCAAGUUCCGUAAGAUUCAGCAUGAACUGGAUGAGGCAGAAGAGAGGGCUGAUAUUGCUGAGUCUCAGGUCAACAAGAUGAGAGCCAAGAGUCGUGAUGCCGGCUCCAAGAAGGGAAAGGAUGAGGAGUGAGGCCAAGAGUUGUGAUGCCGGUUCCCAGAAAGGACAUGAUGAAGAGUGAAGCUCUCGGAUGGACCUUUCUGAAAAUCUCCUGACUGUAGUGCUUUAGUUUAUCUCUAUUCUCCAUGUAACAUGAGCAGAAUAAAGAAU